CACUGAACAUCAUUCUUGGACUGGACACUACAGAGCACUGAACUCUGGAAACUACCUACAAGUCUGGGUAGACCGUCACUACACUAGACGAGCAAGCGAUCCAAAGAUUGACCCCCGCUCGUCAUUGCACUACACUAUCUCUCUGACUACUACUUUCAGCCUACUCAUCAGCUCUAUAUACAAGAAAGAAUACACAUAUAAGCCUCUGCUGCCGAUCAUUCCUCAAUUAUCUACAUACUCUGGGCAUUCAUUGAAUACCUUUUAUCAAACUCUUAUUCUCUAUCGUUACUCAAGACACGAUGCCUAGACCAAAGCGACCUGGAGCCGGUGAACCCAAGAGACGUUCUCGUACUGGCUGCUGGCCUUGUAAGGCACGGAAAGUCAAGUGUGGAGAAGAGAGGCCGGGUUGUGCCAAUUGCGAACGGACAGGAGAAACAUGUGACUAUAGUAUUCGACUCAAUUGGGGCGGUCGAACCCGAAGGAAUACAGACACUCCUACAUCGAUAGCAUCGAGUACAGGCAGCAGUCCGUAUGAGUCGACAUUGACAUUCGAAGAGAAUGUAGCACCAUUGUUUCCUCCAGGUCCUCCAGCCUUGAGGAACGACUUGGUUCAUCACGCUCGAUCACACUCGGCUCCUUCUAAUCCAACAUCCGAUCCCUCUCAGGUUGGACCAAACCAACCCGUUGCAAGCCAAGCAGUACCACAUUCAAUGGCUGCGGCGUCGUACGGCGAAUUUCAAACCUCUUUACCUGCCGUCUCUGCUCACCCUUUUCAAACCAUUCCUGCCACUUUCGACUAUCCUUCACCACCUGUAUCGAAUUUCGAAGCUUACAGCUACACCACAAAUACGGCAUUUCCAUCCAUACCUGCCGAAGUACCAAUCUUCCACGCCAACAUGCCUCCGCCAAAUCGCACUCAUUUUGACUACGAUAAUGGCAGCCAAGGUCACAUCAGUGACUUUGCGCAGUCAAUCAGCGGCCAAAGCAACACAAGUCAGGCCGGCGAAUCCCCUGCGUACACCUCAGCCGAAGACUACUAUUCGAAUAGAUCGGCGUCCGAGGUGUUCUCUCCCAAUGCAGGUCCGCCAACACCAUAUAGCCCUUAUAUGCCAAUGCCAUUGACGCCAAACUCUUCAGUUGGUUCCGAAGACGCCUAUCAUCGUGCUGCAUCAAAACAAAAUCAUGGCCAAUUUCAACCUCCACCUCCUGAACUUCGACGCAUGUCCGUCUUGUCAUUACUUGCGGGACCGCCUGGCGACAGCCCCAUCGCCUACAGUCCCUCGGCACAUUACAAUAACCGCGAUGUUGGGACUAUCACCUAUGGAUAUGAUCUUGGCCUACCAGAUCUCGACACGCCAAACAACAAAGAUUACAAUGCAAUUCAAAUAUUUACACCACCAAGUCACGCUAUGGAACUCGACGAUGAUACUAACAUGGACGGUGAGGAUGAUCAGCAAGGCAAGGAAAUGGCUUUCGAAGAGGGUGCCUACUAUGCAAAGCCUGUCCCGAUCAAGCUUUCGAAGUCCCUUCAGCCACUUUCUCCGAUACUACUCGACAACCCAAUCAACUUGAUGUACUUUCACCACUUCAUCAACCACACUGCCAGGAUCCUAGUUCCUCAUGACUGCGGGCAAAACCCGUUCCGUCUGAUUCUUCCCAAGAUGGCUAUGGAGGACACCAAGAUCAUGAGCCUUCUGCUCGCAUACAGUGCCUCGCAUCGAGCUCGUCUGCUCAAGCACCCCGAACCAGUCAACCGCAUUGCCGAGUGGGUCAAGGACGUAUUUCCGCAACUGCGUGCUGCACUGGUCAACAACCACGAAGUCCCCAAUGCCACAUUAGCACCCGCAAUUAUGAUGGCUUCAUUACAAAUCAUUUCUCCUGAUGCCUUUGGUGUCUCGAUUGCAUGGCAAGACCAUCUUGCCAUUGCACGACAGAUGAUCGUCUCCCGUGGAGGCCCUGGAAGCAUCAGCCGCGAUGACCAGGUUGGCUACUUCUUGUCUCGAUGGUUUGCUUACCUCGAAGUCGUCGGGUCACUCAGUGGCAAUAAGAAUGGCCAAGCUUUGGGUUCCAUCUACUGGACUUGCACAGAGGCGUUGGCGGAUGAAGAGAAUCAGAUAGAUUGUCUCAUGGGCUUCACAGCGCGCUGCGUCCGUAUUCUCGCCCGAAUUGCAGAGCUUGCCAAACAAUGCGAGCCUGCUCGCUUCGACCAGAAUGGUAAUGUCCGUCCAGACUGGCGCCCUGAGCCAGAGGUCGUUCAAGAAGCCAUCUCCAUCCGCCGUGCCCUCGAAGAUGGGCUCAGCAAUCACGCCGUCUACAAAGGAUGCAGUCAUCGAUCUUCUUCAAGUGAAGAGAACGAGGGAACAUCGGAUGCUUCAGAAAUCAACGCCACCAAUGAGAUGUUCCACUGGGCGGGAUUGAUCCACCUAUACCGUCGCGUGCUCGGCAAAUCAGCAGAAGAUGCUGAAGUGCAGCACGCAGUCCGAGCAAUUAUUGGUCUCCUCCAUAAGGUGAGGAGGGGAAGCACGGCAGAAGCAUGUCUUCUUUUCCCCAUGGUCGCUGCCGGGUGUGAUGCAAAUGACGAGGUCCAACGCGAGAAGAUCAUGGAGCGAUUGAGGUGUGUCGAGGGCUUCGGCAUGACGCAGUUUCACGGAGCCCGUUCUAUUCUUGAGAAAGUUUGGGAAACAGGACGGCCUUGGGAAUCUCUAGUCUCUGGAGAGUUCUUUGGCUGAUCACCUACCCCAUCUUCUCUUUCUUUCAUCUUCUGAUAUUUUUCUGUAAAUAUUCUACAAUCUCCGAUCUGAAAAUAUCUAGAUUACAUACGGUGUAUGCAUUGGGACAAAAGGGACACACAAUCACAGCGACGGCGUUUCAGAGGCAUUUUUG